AAGUCAUAAUGACUCCUUCCUUUCUUUGCAAUUGGCAUCGCUUUUCUCUCCCCUUUCCAACUUUCUACUUCAACGGUUUCUGGAUAAACGAUCACUGACGACAAAAUCCUCACAGAUCAGUCGCCACUCUGCACUUUCACAAUUAUCACCACCACCAUGACCCAUCCUCCACUCAAGGCCGUCACUCUCACCCAUGUCCGGUACCAAAAGGGCGACCGAUUAGGCCAUUUCUUAGCUUGGGUCUCGCUAGUCCCGGUCUUCAUAAGUCUUGGCGGAUUUGUUUGCCAUUUCAUCUUCCGUCGCGAACUCCAGGGCAUGUUCUUCGCCAUCGGCCUCCUCAUUUCUCAAUUCAUCAGCGAGCUCAUCAAGAAAUCGGUCCAGCAAGCCCGACCCGAGACCUGCAUCUUCCUAGAGACCUGCGAUUCGCACGGUUGGCCAUCCAGCCACUCCCAGUACAUGUUCUUCUUCGCUGUCUACUUCACUCUCUUGACCUUUAAAGGAAUUGGGUUAACGGAGGUUAAGAACAAGUGGGCGAGGUGUUUCCUGCCGUGGUUAUUGGCGGUUUUGACAAUGCACUCGAGGGUAUACUUGGGGUACCAUACAGUUCAGCAGGUGUUUUCUGGUGCUAUUUUGGGGAUUUUGCUUGGAGCUGUGUGGUUUUGGAUAGUGAAUUAUAAGCUCUUUUAUUUUUUUCCGGUGAUUGAGGAGAGUAGGUUGGGGAAGAUGCUUUAUGUGAAAGAUACUUCGCAUAUACAAAAUGUGUUAGAAUUUGAGUAUGAGAAUGCAAGAAGAGCUAGGAAGGAGAUGGCUGCCAAGUCCAGUUGAUCACUAAUAAUGCACUUCUGCCAUCUAGGUUGAUGGCUUUUCAAAGCUACAUUUUCAGAUUCUGUUCACUCGCCUACUUCUUUUAUGGAUGACAGGAUUAUUUAGUUUAGCAAGUGCUAGUCUUGUUUAUAUCACUUAAACUAUGAGUCCACAUGGGAAGCAUAGCAGUAGCAUUAACGUUUAGAUUGUUUUGCAUUAGCGAAGAAAAUAUGAUUUGUCAUGCCCACCUGCAGGAUCUCUGCGGUAUUGUAAGACGUCACAGAAAGCAUACAUCUCUUUUUACAUUUUCAGGUAUUUUUAAGGUGUGAGAUUGCUAUCAA